AUGGAAUGUCAACAUGGGCGAAGUUCUGAGAUAUGACAGACUGUAUCAACUGGGGAGACAAUGACCUUGAGUUGCAGCGUACCAGAUACAUUCCUGAAUGGACCCGUCUCAUGGUUCGAGGGAAGUGGACCAAACCGUGAAUUAAUCUACAAUUUCAAAGGAGGUCACUUUCCUAGAGAAAAAGCAGUUGGAGGCACCAUCAAACCUGACAACAGACUUUUCCUCUUUUUCUCUCUUGCAGAUGCCAGCACCUACUAUUGUGUAAAGUUUAUGAAAGGAAAACCUGACAAGGAGUACCAAUCAGGUCGGGGCACCCACGUGUCUGUUAUUGGUGAGUAUGUCUCCUGCAUCUCCUGCCUCUUUCCCAAAAACAUCACCCUGAAGUGGUUCAAAAAUGGGAAGGAACCCUCAUCCCUCAAGACCCAAGUGGUUCAGCUGAAGUACAGUGAUGCCUACAAAAUCUCCAGUACCAAUGAAGUGACCUGGACUCUGAAAGACAUCAACUUUCAUAUUACCUGCAAUGUGAACCACCAAAGCUUGCAUUACCCUCUUCAUGGGAAAGCUGAUUUGUCUGGGACCAUGCUAGUUCCACCCACCAUUUCUAUUUUCCAACACCUUGUCUCAAAUAAGAACAUGACUGUCACCUGUAUGGCGAAGAAGUUCUUCCACAAGGAUGUGCAGCUGACCUGGUGGAAGAAUGGAAAUGUCUCCCAGAUAGACAAGAUCCUGACCCCCACCAACGGCAGAGAUGGACUACACAGUGUGCAGAGCUCGAUCCUGGUGAAGAAAGCUGGCCAUGUGGAGGAGGACAUUGCACUCACCUGCCAAGAGGCAGGCCCUUUGGGAGGUGAUUAG